CGCUGCAGUUGAGCCUGGAAGGGCCCUCGCUGACUUGAGUGGUGGUGCCUUCUUGCAGUCCCUUUUGGAUUUGCACUCUGCUUGGCUGGAAGAGCCAGCCUUCUCCGUGAGUUCUGUUCUCGCCUGAGGGUCAUUCAGCCGGCGGUCAAGCCAAGAUGUCCUCAGUGGGGAAGGUGACCCAGGUUCCCAGCGGGAAACUCUACCAGCAGAUCUUCGACGCUGAGGCACAGCUGGUCCGCUCUCUGGCAGCCUCCAGGCAGCGUGCCUUGGACAGGUCUAUGACCCCCAAGAAUGGCAGGAAGCCCUUGAUGAAGAAGACGGAUAUUCCUGAAGGAGAGAUGAUGUCUGCCCGGCAGCAGAAGUGGGCACACAGCCUACCCAAUGACUGGGUCACAGAAAACCCUGUUCUCUACAGGGAAAAGGAAAUAAUCAAGAAGAAAAAAUCUCAAGAAAGUGAGAGCACCAUUGCCGCCCGAGAGGUCCGGGGCCUCAUGGACACCAUCGUUCCCCAGAGGCCCUGCACCGCCACCCUGGGCACCACGGGAAUGGACUCCAAGAGGCGGGGCUACGAGAGUGCUCUGGGGAGCUUUAAGGAGGAGAUUGCUCAGAUUGGGAUGGAAAUGGAACCUUUUAUCUUGGAGCCAGGAACUCUUCUUUUAAAAAAGCUGGCCGAGUUGGAUGAAGACAUCGACCGGCUCUUCAAAAAGGUGGAAAGCGACACCAACCUCGAAGACUACACCAUCCAAACCCUGCUGGAGCUGUGGGAUCAGGUGGCUGAGAAGUUCCAGUUUCAGAAGCAGGGGAUCAAGGAGCUGGAUGAAGCCCUGUACAAGGCUGAGUUCUCCCGGGCAGAUAAACUCAAAGGCGUGUUGAAGAAAUAUGUGGAAAUCAUAGAGAAAACUUCCUACCUCAUGCAGCCCGAAGUGUACAGGCUGAUAAAUAAGGAAGCCAUGGUCAUAAACCAAGCCCUACUGGGCAACCGGAGGGCCAUCGCCCAGCUGUUCACCAACCUCAUGGAGGCCACGUUGCAGCAGGAGCUGGAGAGCCACCGCCAUUGGCAAGGCCUGGUGGACGCCUGGAAGGCUCUCAAGAAGCAGGCCCUGGUGCAGAGUUUCAGUGAGUUCAUGGCCAGUGAGAGGAUCCGGACUCCUCCAGCUGUGAAGAAGGAGAUGGAGAGCAUGCUGAAGAACCAGAAAGCCCUGCAGCAAAAGCGGCUUGAGCAUCUCUGUACCAUCUGUGACCUUCUGCCCCCCAAUUACAGCAAAGCUCAGCUGACUGAAUGGCAGUCUUCUCUCAACUCCCUAAAUAAGCACCUUGAUACCUACCACAUGGACUGCAUGAUGCGGAUCCGCCUGCAGUACGAGAAGACGUGGCAGGAGUGCCUGGCCCAUGUGCAGAAGUGCAAGAAGCAGCUGCUGGACUGGAAAGCCUUCACCGAGGAGGAGGCUGAGAGCCUGGUGAGCCCGUACUUCUUCCAGAUGGUGGGAGUGCUGCAGAGCGAGGUGGAGGAGAAGCUGGAGCUCUGGGAUAAAUCCUUUGAGGGCCUGGCAAAGCAGACAGAAUGGCAGAGCUCGGAUCUCUUCAGCUACUUCCAAGAGGCCGUGCAGCUGUGGGAGACACAUCAGAGCCUGCUGUCGGUGCAGGAUCUGGGGCUGGAGAAGAGGCUGGAGCAACAGCGGCACAGGCACAGCCCGGAGGAGCAGGCCCAGGAGGCCCACCUUGAUAAGCUCUUGGACCAGCUGAGGCAGCAAAGCCACGAGGAAACACUGAAGAUUCACCUGGAAAAGGCCAAAGAUUUCCUGAAGAAUAUGAAAUACAGGUAUGAGUGUUUCCACAAGCUCCUGACAAAGGAGGUGAUGGAGUACCCCGUGAUCAUACUGAAAGAACUGAACUCCUACAGCUCCACCCUCAGCCGACACUUCUACGUUCGUGAGAUCUUUGAACAGACCUUGGAUGGGGAAGUCAUUUUCAAAUUCAGGGAACCAGAAGCACACGAAAAGCACUUCCAGGAGAGUAUGAGGAAAUGGAGAAGCAAGCAGAGGGCUAAAGUGGAAAUGAGCACAAGUGAGGAAGGUGAAAGUAGCGGGACAAGUCCCUCCAGGCCGGCAGAAGAGGCAGAAGAAGAUGACCACGAAUCUGAGUCUUCCUUAACCGAGGAGACGGCAGUGAGCCAGCAGGAGCAGUCUGUACUGAGUGACGAGAUGGAUGAGUCCGGUGAGGAAUCUGUUCAGGAAUCAGAAAAAAUGCAGGUUGAGAGAGACAGCUCCUUAAAAUCAUCCCUGAACCGGGAAAAUGUGAUGGUUCAAGAAGAGGAGAUGGAGGAGGAGAAAAAGGCGGAGGAGGAGGAAGAGAAGGCAAAGGUGGAGGAGAGUGAGGAGAAAGAGAAGAGGAAGAAGAAGAAGAAGGAGGAGGAGGAGGAGGAGGAGGAAGCGGAGGAGCACGAAGAGGAAGAGAAGCAAGGGGAGGAGGAGGAACAUGACAGUUUAUUUAUGGAUGAGGCUGAAGCCCAGGAAGAGAGUCUGGGGGAGAUCUCCGACGAGGACAUGGAGUCCUUCACAACCUCCAGUGGACACACUUAUUUUGUCUUCCUAACCCUGGAACAACAAGAAAAGAGUUGCAAGAAGCCCCAUUCCAACCUUUCUACCAUUCUCAUCAAUGACAUUUCCAGUGCCAACUUCCUAGAACAAGUGAUCAUUCCAUCCAGACUAGUUUUACAAAUUAAGAAACAACUUCGAGCUGGCUUUUUUGACCACCUAGAGAAGUGGUUUGACCAAUGUGUCCUCAAAACCCGGGUCAUGGUGACCACCAAGAUUGAUGAGCUGGAUUCAGAAUUGGAGCUGCGUCAGCAUCUGCAUGAGCCAAGAGCCAAGCGCAUUGAAAAGGACAUCCAUAAUGUCAGGGCAGCUGAGCUCUUGCUUCAUCAAGAGCGGCUGGACAGCCACUGUGCUGGGGUGACCGAGACGCUAAGGAAGCAGAGGCUGAUGUUCUGCCAGUUCCAAGAAGAGCAAAACAUAAAGAGCAAAAACUUCUGCCGCAAGAUUUACGACAUGGAGCACAUCUUCUUGAAUGCCACAAAGAGCCAGAGGCUGGUUAGUCUCAGCAGCACGCUGCACCGGGAGCUGCUUAGCUAUGUUGAUGUCAUCCAGGUGUCCCUGCGCAGCUUCCGCCAGUACUUGGAGGAGAGCCUGGGCAAGCUUCGCUUAACCAACAUUGAGUUCAUCAAGCACUGCAGAUUGUUUUCUGAGGGAGGCAACUUUUCUUCUGAAGAAAUUGACUUACUGUGUCAUCGACUGGAGAAGGAAGCUUCCCGAAUAGAGUUUGUUGAAAGUUUAAUCAUGAUCAACAUGGAGAAGAUGGAGAGUGAAUACCUGGACCAGGCCAAUGAUGUCAUCAACAAGUUUGAAAGCAAAUUCCAUAACCUGUCUGUGGACCUUAUUUUCAUAGAGAAAAUCCAGCGGUUGCUGACAAAUCUGCAAGUGAACAUCAAGUGUGAGGUCGCAAAAUCCAAUUUGCAAACAGAUGGAUUAAAUUCUUCUCUGGAACAGCUCCAAAGGAAAGUAGAAAUGUGUCGAAACUCAAAGGGAGAUAGAAAAACGGUGACCUCGGAAGACCUCCUUGGCUUCGUCCAGACGUGGAAAGAAAAACUGGGCCAGAGGAUUCACUACCUCAAUUGUAGGCUGGACACAGUGUCUGUGACUCAAGUGGUCUUUACUGACAAUGUCAUGACCGACCUAGAGGUAGAGAGUGACAUCAUGAUGUCUUCAGAAGCCCUUGAAGAGGAGGCCAAGAUAGACUUGGUCACCCCCGAGUCCUUCGCCCAGCCGAGCCGCAUGGGGAAGCCCAUGAUUGAAGACCCAGCUGUGGAAGUGGUCAAGAAGAUCCUGAAACUUCCUGACGAAAAAUGCUCAACCCAGCAGUGUGACAAAGAACGCUCCCAGACAGGCCUGAAGCGACACCAGAACCGGGGGGAACAUUUCAUGAGGAAAGCCUUGUCCAGUGCCAGUGCCACUUCAACAGGAAGCAUCACACGAUACUCCAAGCCCAACCGAAUGGACAGAAAGUACCAGGUGCUCGGGGAGAAGCCACCGCCUCCAGCUGAGGAUUUUAAAGGGAUCAUCCUGACCCUCCUCUGGGAGAGCAAUGAGCAUCUGUUGAACGUUGUAGAGGAGUUCUACCACAGAGAGAAGCGCACCAUCACCAGGCCUGACUGCAUGUACGAAAACUUUGACCAGUGUGCCGAGAACAUCUGCAAGAAGAUCCUGGAGUACCACAUGCAGACAGACGAGUACCAUAACUCCUGCCUCAUAGAAUUACGGGCCCAGCUGAGGAGAUUUGAGGAGCUGCUGCCCCAGGUGUGCUGGCUGGUGAUGGAGAACUUCAAGGAAAACCACUGGAAAAGAUUCUGUGCCUCUGCCGAAGAGAUCCGGGGACGGUUCCGGAAUUAUCAGGAGAAGCUGGAGGAAAGGAAGGAUGAAAAUGCCCAGAAGCUCCAUCUGAAUCUUGGACAUCCCACACAUUUCCAAGAAAUGGAGUCUCUGUGUCAAGUGGAAGAGAAAAGGCAGGAUGAUUUAGACACUGUGAUUGUGGCAAACAAAGAGAAGCUCGAGGAAUUCACCAGGAAGUACGGCCGGUUUUUCAUAGCCAGCUUGGCCACCUUCACCGAGAAGUUCCUGCUGCAGUUGGAUGAAGUGGUCACCAUCGACGAUGUCCAGGUUGCAAGGAUGGAGUCCCCCAAACAGAAAACAUCAAUCCUCAUACGGAGGAAACUUGCUAGACUUUCCCUGAAGGAAGAAAGUGAAAAGCCCCUGAUUGAACGGGGGAGCAGGAAGUGGCCAGGAAUCAAACCCACUGAAGUCACCAUCCAAAAUAAGAUUCUCCUCCGGAAAACAUCAUCCAUCACCACCACCAAAACGACCCUGGGCCACCUGGCAGCUGUGGAAGCCCGAGAUGCCGUCUACCUGAAAUAUCUAGCACUAUUUGAAGAGGAGUUGAAGAAGAUCCAGAAUGACAACAUGGUGCAGGUGAAGGAGGCUCAGAGCUGGAAGGACAGCUGGAAGCGCUCCGUGCAUACGAUCCAGGGCCUGUACUUGUGACACCCUCACCCCACCCCACAUAAAGGCUCAUUUUUAAUGGACACCCUUCUCUCUCCUUCUGUCCAUCUGUCCACCCAUCCAUCCCUGCUCUAUACCCAGCGCUGUAGCCUCAUCGGUGACCAGGACAUGGUGUGGUCUCUGCCCAUGUGGAGAUCACUUCCAAUGAGGAGCGUGGAGGUGAAAAGGGGAGUUCCACGUGGUUAGCAGCAAUGGUGGGUCACAGGAGUGGGCCACUUAAAAUAAAGACCAGUACUUCAGAGGACAUGAUUCCAAUAGGGACACUUGACCCUUCAUCUUGGAAAACGAAAUGAUUAAAAUGUAUGGGCAUGAAUACAUUUUACAUUUAACAGUGUAAAAUAAUUGCAACCAUGCAACCAACAGGGAAUUAAUCCAGUCUUGACUGGGUA